UGUGACUGACUUCGACUGAUAAAGUAUGAGUGGAAGGCACUUGUGCCAUGGCUUUUUCCUUCUAGGAAACACAAGAAUAGAAGAGGCUUGUGAAAUGUAUACCAGAGCUGCAAAUAUGUUCAAGAUGGCUAAAAAUUGGAGUGCUGCAGGAAACGCAUUUUGUCAGGCAGCCAAGCUCCACAUGCAGCUUCAGAGCAAACAUGACUCCGCUACCAGCUUUGUGGAUGCUGGAAAUGCUUACAAAAAGGCAGAUCCCCAAGAGGCUAUCAACUGCUUAAAUGCAGCCAUCGACAUUUACACAGACAUGGGAAGGUUUACAAUUGCAGCCAAGCACCACAUUACUAUUGCAGAGAUCUAUGAGACUGAACUUGUAGACAUUGAGAAGGCUAUUGCACAUUAUGAACAAUCUGCUGAUUAUUACAAAGGAGAAGAAUCCAAUAGCUCAGCAAACAAGUGUCUGCUGAAGGUGGCAGCGUAUGCUGCCCAGCUUGAGCAGUACCAGAAAGCCAUUGAGAUCUAUGAGCAGGUUGGGGCAAACACCAUGGAUAAUCCUUUGUUGAAGUACAGUGCAAAGGAUUACUUCUUCAAAGCUGCCCUCUGCCACUUCAUAGUAGACGAGUUGAAUGCCAAGCUUGCUCUUGAGAAAUAUGAGGAAAUGUUUCCAGCGUUUACUGAUUCAAGAGAAUGUAAAUUAUUGAAAAAACUCCUAGAAGCUCAUGAAGAACAAAACAGUGAAGCUUACACUGAAGCAGUGAAGGAAUUUGACUCAAUAUCUCGUUUGGAUCAGUGGCUGACCACCAUGUUACUUCGCAUCAAAAAGUCCAUCCAAGGGGAUGGAGAAGGAGAUGGAGACCUAAAAUGAAAUGUUUUUGUCUUUGUGGCAUGCAGCUAACUCCUCUUUAGUUUUGUCUUAGGGUCAAGUGAUCUUUAUGGGAUGCCCAUUUAAUGGCUUAAUUUUGUUGCAUAUGAGCCAGACAGCCUGAGUAUUGUUUAAGCUUCCCGAGUCUGUGUUGCUGUGAAAUGGAUGAAGGAGAGGCUCCUGUUCAUCUUGUGGUAAUGAUGGGUUGUUUCAUGCAUAUCAGAACCCCCAGCGUUUUCUGAGAAGUACUUCAGAAUCUCAUUCCUCAUAUUUCACUGGUAUUUGUGGAGCCUAUGUUUAAUGUUGCCAUGUGUUUUUAUGUCCUUUUUGUUAGACUUGAGUACUCAGCCCAGUUGUUCUCAUAGAUGCUUUGCAUUUUCUCUGUGCUUUGGCAUCUGGAUAUGUUCUUUAAAUGUGUGUUUAGUUUAGGACAGUUACUAGGAAUGAGUUUAUAACUUUAUUAGAAAUCACUUCUAUUUUUGUUAUCCUGUGAUUAUUUUGAUGGUGCUAGUGACUAGUUUCUUUGCUUUUUGUGUUGUUCCAUAUGCUAACAUGUGCAUGGCAAAAAUUUAGAAUAGCCAGGGUCUGUAGGCAUCACAUUGUGAGGAAAGGAGCUUUCUGGAAGUACUUGUUUCAUGUAUGGAUGAGUGUCAAAGUGAAUUUGAUUUGUACUUAGACACACACACACACACACACACACACACACACCCCACAAGAUCUAUUAGAAAUGGAAUUUUUCUCUUUUUCUGGAGAUAGUUUUCACUUCUAGUUGGAGUGGAAAUCCCUUUAUAUUUGCAUUAAAGUAUUUUAAUUGGCACAGCCUGCUCGUUAUUUUCAUGUUUAUACACUUUCCCACAUUGAGGUGGUGUGUUCUGUGCUAUGGCUAUAGAAAUCUUGGUCAGGGCUGGAUAGAUUAAGUCAAGCUUGAGAAUGAAUGUAUGUAAUUUUCCUGUUUAUUGCACAUGAUGGGUUAGGUGGGGUAAAUGUGGUACAGGAAUGUACUGUAUGCCCAAGUGGACAAGAACCCCAACUUGUUUCUCAGGGGACUUGAUUGUUCUCUUAGCUGGUGGAAUAUUUUGGCUUAUGUGUUUGAACUCUGUCAUGUUUAAUUGGUUUAUAUAUGUAUGCUAUCUUGAUUCAUGAACUUGAUUCUAUUAUUUUAUAUGCUGAUAUUUAGACAUACUCUUGUCUCUUGAAUGUCCUCUGCAUAUUUUAUAGUUAAAUGAUUUAUAUUUGAAAUGUGUUUGUUGCCAUACUUAACCCAGCAGACACUCUGACAUCAUGGAGCUUCACUGAUGACAGAUAACGAAACUUUCUAUGUUAUGUCAGGUAGUAGUAAGUAGUAUUGGAAUGAUGUUUUCAUUUUUGAUGGCUCUCAACUGGAAU